AUGGCCCGGUCCGGCAAGGAAUCCUCGAAUGGCCCAAGUGAGAUCGAACACUACGACAAUCUUCUCAAGGCAACACCAGAAGAGCGAGUCUUGGGAUGGAUGCAGAUGACCAAGACUGACAAGGGGAACCACAUAAUGGGAGACUGGAUGAGCUCCAUCAUGCCCUGCGUGGGCCUGGUCUCCGUCGACGUCGACUCCCCCAACCCCUCCGCCACCUUCUCCUACACCGUCCACGGGGACCACUGCAACCGCCUCCGCAACCUCCACGGCGGCGCCGCAGCCACCCUGUUCGACUACCUGACCACCAUGGCCAUCGCCGCCGUCAGCGCCCCCGACUACUGGAGGUACAUGGGCGUCAGCCGCACCCUCAACGUCACCUACCUCCGCCCCGUGCCCGUCGGCUGCGAGGUCCUCAUCAAGGGGGAGAUUGUCCAGAUAGGUCGCAGGCUGGCCACCCUCCGGGGCACCAUGAUCCGGAGGUCCGACGGCGCCGUCAUGGCCACGUGUGAGCACGGCAAGGUGAAUAUCGACAGUGACAUUGACGUCAAGGCCAAGGCUAAGCUAUGA